GAAAAUGUUGCUCGCGACGACGCCUGGGGCGACUGGAAUACGACUUCUGCUUCUACCACCACGACCACCACGAAGCCUGUAGCCGCGGAGACCACCACGACCACGACCAGCGGCUGGGGCGCAUGGGGAACCACCACUACCACCAAGGCCAAUGGGUUGAUUGGACUACGACUACAUCUACAUCAACCCACCACCACCCAGCCGGUUCCACGACCACGAGCAGUGCCGCAGGCUCUAGCAGCACCUCUACCGAGGUUUGGGGAGACUGGUCAACCACGGACCCUGCGACUAGCACCACCGCCGCUGAGACAUGGAGCGAUUGGACUGACGGUGAAACCACUGUCACAAUCUCGCUGGAAUCAACCCUGACAAAGACCAAAUACAUUUCGGCUUUGUCGACCUCCAGUGUAUCGUCUUCCAGUGGAUCAAGCACCUGGGCGGACUGGACCGAUGGCACGUCUUCCUCCACCCCUGUCGCUGCGACCAGUGCUGGCAGCUCUACUCCAGUCGCUGCGAUCAGUGUCAUCAGUGAGACCGUGGUGCCUCUUGGUGCCGCUUCUGCUUCUGCCGUGUGCCUCGUCGAAAUCCUGACAUCGUACGGUGCACCAACCUGGUACCCAACACCUGCCGUGGCCAACACAACCACUUCGACCACCAAGCCUGUUGCCGUAGCCACCACCUCCAGCACCACAUCGUCUACCCCAGCCUGGGCCUGGACUACGACCUCGGCUUCGGCUUCCACCAGCAGCACCUCGACCGCCUCUACGACCACCACCAGUGUCGAAGAUGGCUGGGCCUGGGGAUCCGCCUCAUCCAGCACCUCCACUAGCACCUCGACAAUCGCUACAACCACUACCACCAGCGUCGAGGGUGGCUGGGCCUGGGGAUCAGCUUCAUCCAGCACCUCAACUACCACCCCCGCAGCCGUUACUACCACCACCGCCAGCGUCAGUGGUAGCUGGGCAUGGGGAUCCGCCUCAUCCAGCACGGCAUCUGCCUCGACCACCAGCUCUUCCGCCAAGUCUAGCUCCACCGGCGCUACCGGCAUCUCCGCCAACGGCAACUCCUGGGCCUUGACAUACUCACCAUACACCUCGUCCGGUGGCUGCAAGGACGCCAGCACCGUCGCCUCGGAUCUUGCCGUCAUUGCCGAGAAGGGAUUCUCAUCUGUCCGUAUCUACAGCACUGACUGCAGCUCCCUCGAGAACAUCGGCACCGCCGCCCGCACCAACGGCCUCAAGCUCAUCCUCGGUGUCUGGAUUUCUUCCACCGGCAUUUCUGGAGCGGAAGGACAAAUCAGCGACAUCGUCGCCUGGGGCGAGUUUGAUCUCGUCGAGUUGAUCGUCGUCGGUAACGAGGCCGUCUUCAACGGCUACUGCACGGCCUCUGAGCUCGCGGCCUUCGUGUCCAGCAGUGCCACUGCAUUCAAGGCCGGCGGAUACACCGGUCUUGUGACAUUGACCGAGCCUCUGUCCACUUGGCAAGAGACGUCCGCGGCGUCCGAGUUCUGCGCUGUCGUCGACGUCGUCGGCGCUAACUUGUACGCUUUCUUCAACGCCGAUGUCACUGCCGACGGGGCUGGCGCGUUCAUCCAGUCUGAGAUUGACAUCCUCAACACCAUCUGCUCGGACAAGACUGUUUAUGUCUUGGAGUCUGGCUGGCCUCAUGCCGGAGAGUGCAAUGGCGCCGCAUGCCCUAGCGUCGAGAACCAGAAGACUGCGCUCAAGGGCAUUCAGUCGGCUGUCGGUGCCGUCGUCUCCUUUUUGAGCUACGAGGAUGAGCCGUGGAAGGAGGCUGGCGAGUUUGGCGUCGAACAAUACUGGGGUUGUGCCGACGUGUUUUAGGUUUGAGGAGUGAGUGAGUGUGUUGGCCGAAGAAAAGGGGGCGCGUCAGGUACGCUUUCUGUAGGAGGCAGCCCCGAGCAAGAAUGCAUGCAAGCAAGCGACACGUAACUUGGAGUGCAGUUGAUGAUGUUACGCCCUGCGUGGUAUCGGAUGCUGUUUACUUCGGCAUUUUUCUAACGAUGUUGAUUAUUCAUUUUGAGAUUUCUUCCCCGAUUCAUGUAUAAAUAUUCAAAACAAUUGCGUGUCUUAAGACUUAUGUAUAGCGACUAAAGAUGAAUGAAGCAACGUUAAAAGUAUGCAAACA